UAUUUCAACACUGGCACUACCGUCUGAUACUACAACCCUCUGCUCUUUGGUUUCUCCGCCCGCUCCUCCCGCCACCAUUUAUUUUCUUCUCUCCUCUUAUCUCAACAUUUUCAUCAAAACCCUUGCUCUAAUAUCUCUGUGAUUGCUGCUCAUCUGAUUCUUGUUGUGAGUUGGUUCUUCAACCACGACAACUCUUGAGUGAUUACAUUAAUUUUUUGGGGUUACAAGAUCUACCUGAAUAUGAGUGCGUAUAUUGUCGGUUUCUUGGCGCCUCUUCUACUCACUCUUGCACUUCGAAACUCUAAAAAAAGGAAAACCCGAGGUCUACCUGCGAAUGUCGGUGGGGAACCUGGGUAUGCGAUCAGAAACUAUCGAUUUACAACUCCAAUUGAAACAGCGUGGGUAGGGAUCAAAACUCUUGCAGAACUUUUUGAGCAGGCAUGCAAGCAACAUGGUGAGAAGAAGCUACUUGGAACACGAAAAUUAAUUUCUAGAGAUACCGAAGUACAUCAAGACGGGAAGUCUUUUGAAAAGCUUCAUUUAGGUGAUUACGAGUGGAUGUGCUAUAGUCAGGUGUUUCAAGUUGUGUGUAAUUUUGCAUCCGGUUUGGUGCAAGUUGGGCAUAAAACUGGAGAACGCGUAGCAAUCUUUGCGGAUACACGGGAAGAAUGGUUCAUUGCUCUACAGGCUUGUUUCAGGCGCAAUGCCACAGUUGUGACCAUGUAUGCAUCUCUGGGAGAAGAAGCCAUUUGCCACUCAUUAAAUGAGACAGAGGUCACUACUGUAAUUUGUGGAAACAAAGAGCUGAAGAAGCUUCUAGAUAUAAGUGAACAAAUAGACACGGUAGAACGUGUAAUAUGCAUGGAUGAUGAGAUAUUGUUCAAUCGGACAAAGGGAAGCAACAGUUGGAAAAUCUUUUUGUAUUCUGAAGUAGAAGGAAUUGGCAGAGAGAGUCUCGUUGAUGCAGAUCCACCUCUCCCAGCUGACGUCGCGGUGAUUAUGUAUACAAGCGGGAGUACUGGUUUGCCUAAGGGUGUAAUUAUGACACACAGCAAUGUUUUAGCUACAGUUUCUGCUGUCAUGACCAUUGUGCCUGGCCUUGGUAGCAAGGAUGUUUAUUUAGCAUACCUACCACUGGCACAUAUUCUCGAACUUGCAGCCGAGAAUAUUAUCGCAGCUGUAGGAGGCUCGAUAGGUUAUGGAUCCCCUUUAACUCUUACAGAUACCUCGAGCAAAAUUAAGAGGGGCACAAAAGGGGAUGCAUCUAUUUUAAGGCCAACACUAAUGGCAGCUGUUCCAGCUAUUCUUGAUCGUGUCCGAGAUGGUGUGUGGAAGAAGGUGGAUUCAGCAGGUGGCUUAUCAAAGAAAUUGUUUGAUUUAGCCUAUGGUCGCCGGUUGUCUGCAAUAAAUGGCAGUUGGUUUGGGGCAUGGGGGUUAGAAAAGCUUUUAUGGAGCUUUCUAGUGUUUAGAAAGGUCCGAGCCAUUUUGGGGGGUCGUAUCCGUUUCAUUCUGUCUGGAGGUGCCCCUUUGUCUUCUGAUACUCAAAGAUUUAUCAACAUUUGUCUUGGUGCUCCAAUAGGUCAAGGUUAUGGUCUUACUGAGACCUGUGCUGGUGGGACAUUUUCUGAGUAUGAUGAUACAUCUGUUGGUCGUGUUGGUGCACCCCUUCCUUGCUCCUAUAUCAAGUUAAUAGAUUGGCCUGAGGGUGGUUACUUGACCAGUGAUUCACCUAUGCCUCGUGGAGAAAUAGUGAUUGGUGGGCCAAAUGUUACUCUUGGAUACUUCAAAAAUGAUGAGAGGACACAGGAAGUAUACAAAGUUGAUGAGAGAGGCUUGAGGUGGUUCAACACAGGUGAUGUUGGGCGGUUCCAUAAAGAUGGCUGCCUUGAGAUAAUUGAUCGUAAGAAGGAUAUUGUCAAGCUUCAACAUGGAGAAUAUGUUUCUCCAGGGAAGGUGGAGGCGGUUCUCAGUGUUAGCCCUUAUGUUGAUAACAUCAUGUUGCAUGCCAAUUCAUUCCAUAGUUACUGUGUGGCACUCGUGGUGGCUUCACAGUCUGCAGUGGAGAGUUGGGCUUCGCAUAAAGGUAUCAAGUUUGAUGACUUCACAAGUUUGUGUCAAAUGGAAGAAACGGUGAAGGAAGUUUAUGGUUCCCUGAUAAAGGCUGCUAAAACAGCACGAUUGGAGAAGUUUGAGAUCCCUGCAAAGAUCAAAUUGGUUUCAGAAGCGUGGACUCCUGAAUCUGGACUGGUUACUGCAGCACUAAAGCUCAAGAGGGAGGUUAUCAGAAAGACAUUCUCGGAGGACCUUGCAAAUUUCUACUCACCAUGAUACUUAUACUCUCAUCUCAAAUAGUUUGUUUAUGUAGCAUCCUUCUGAUUGUACCAUUUUGGUGGUCAGUUUUGUUAAUUCCAUCUCCAUUAUCAAGUGAAGUGGAUAGAAGAAACAGGUAAUUCUAUUUCUGAUUUUGGCUAAAUAAUAUGCAUUUAUGUGCAAGUAAAACUAUGAUUCGAAAGGUACGACCCAAAUCGCUACCUUUUCGAUCUUGUUAUGUGAUUAACUUUCAUGAGGAUUCUCGAUUUUACCA